GAGUUUGUUUUGCUUUUGGGCGUCGUUUGUUUGUUCGUGUGUGUGUGUGUGGAAGCGGCAUUUGGUUUAUUGAUUGCACCUGAGACUGCGACCGAACCUGCUACCUGUGCUGAGUGCCCCAUGGCACGCGAUGACGUCGUAAAGGCCGACCCCCAACCCAAGGACAUUGGCCCCCCAUAUUUGGCGACUCGUUCGCCGCGUUUUCAUUACCAAAACGGCGGCGGCUGCGAUUUCAAAUAUCGAACGACAAAGCAUUCGAGCGAACUCAAUCAUUGGGAGCAGUACUUAAUCGCUUAAAGGAUAAAUAUAUAUAACUGGAUCAGACCAUGCCGCUUGCAGCGAGCGAUAGUGUGGGUAUUACGAGCAACGGAGGAGCAGUUGCUGCCAGCGAAACGGACAAUGUAACCGCCCUUGAACUGCAGAGUGGGCGGCGCAUGCUGCACUUUAGCGACGGCGUCAUGGAGGAGCUAUCCUCGGGCAGCGAGGAUGAGACGGAGGCUGCGGAUGUGACCGACCAAAACUACGCUGUUCAACUGAACGAGCGCGAAAUGGCUUUGGGACCCCGCCUCCGUUAUAAGGCCAGCCGCAUGGGCAACCGUUUCCUGGCCGGCAUCGAUUAUGUGGGCGGAGGACUGGCCUCCCUGCUGGGAAUUACCAGCAGCAAGUAUGCCAGCGAGCUACAGAAUAACCAGCGAAGGGCCAAGGAGGAGCAGGACCACGAGGACCUUGACAAUUGGCGACCACGGCCCCCAAAUAAUAACAACAACAAUCGGAACGAGACCCUCGUCCUCACACGCAGCGAGGCGACCUUGCCACCCACAAGGCAAUAAAGAAAGGCCACCACUCCUCCAGGAAAGGUCUUGAAGACGAGGUAUUAGCGUGCUCAUGGAGUAAGGUGGCCCCUGGGGAGACCCCUCUUUUCUAUGUACUUGGUUAAACCAGCAACUCAAAGCGAGUUUAUAACUUUCGGACACUUUAUUCGCUAGCAAAUAAGUUACAUUUAAUACAAAUAUUUAAAAAAAAUGGUAAGACACACAUAUACUGUUCGUUUUAUGUAUAAAAUAUUAGUUAAAUUCAAGGA